UGCGCCCUACCCUCAAAGUAUAGAAAUGUGUCAUCAAUUUUAGUACAGACAAGGAAUUUCAACUAUUUACUAGAUUGUGGUAAAGACUCGUUAUAUCAGAUAAAUAGAAUAUACGGGUCUUUUGAAGUCAUCAAAGCCCUGAAUUUCAUUUUUAUCUCCCACUCCAAUGCUGAUCAUCUCGGGCUUUUUCAAGAAUUUGUAUUGAAAUUUGAUUUUGGGUUGACGCUGAGCGUCUGUGGUGUGCUCUACUGUAUCGAUAGCUGUGGAGUAAAAGUAGACACCGGCGACUUUACACUUGCGUAUUCUGGAGAUACAAAGUUCGACAACUUCUUUGUAAAUCUGUCAAUGGGCUGUGAUUUGGUUAUUCACGAAUCAACAUUCGACGACAGUUUGGUGGAAAGGGCAAAAAGUACAAAACAUUCAACGGUGAACGAUGCGCUUCAGAUAUGGAAAUUGUCUGGGGCCAAAAAACUGGUUCUGACCCAUUUUAGCCAGAGAUACAAAACAUUCUUCUUUAGA